AUUUAAAGGUUAGGAUGAUGAAAUACGUCAUUUUCCUGCCGAAAGUGAUAUUGGAAUUGGAUCAUGGCUGAUGAAAGCAAAAUUAUCACCGAAACCAAUGAGGAUGGCACUCCAAAAACUGCAAAACAGUUGGAAAAAGAGGCAAAGAAGCAGGCAAAGUUGGACAAAUUAAAACAGAAAUUGGAAAAGCAACAAAAUACGGCACCUAAAAAAGAUGUUGAGAAAAAAGAGAAGAAAAAGGAACUAAAAGAGGCGGCGGUGUAUAGUAUUAACACCACAGAGGGUGACAAAAAGGAUACAGUUAACAGUUUGCCAGAUGCUUACAGUCCAAAAUUUGUCGAAGCUGCCUGGUACAGCUGGUGGGAAAAACAAGGGUUCUUUAAGCCAGAAUAUGGUCGCAAAUCAAUUUUGGAGCCAAAUCCAAAAGGAAACUUUGUCAUCAUAAUUCCUCCACCAAAUGUGACAGGUUCCUUGCAUUUGGGGCAUGCCUUGACCAAUUCCAUUCAGGAUUCUAUAAUAAGAUGGCAACGUAUGAGAGGCAAAACCACUUUAUGGAAUCCAGGAUGUGAUCAUGCAGGUAUAGCAACACAAGUAGUAGUGGAAAAGAAAUUAUGGAGAGAAGAGAAAAAGACGCGUCAUGAUAUUGGCAGGGAAGAGUUUGUUAAAAAAGUGUGGAAUUGGAAGGAAGAAAAGGGUGUAAGGAUAUACCAUCAACUGAAGAAGAUGGGUUCUUCAUAUGAUUGGGAUCGUGCAGCUUUUACAAUGGAUCCUAAACUUUGUAAAGCUGUAACUGAAGCUUUUGUAAGGUUACAUGAGGAUGGUACCAUUUACAGAUCCAACCGGCUGGUUAACUGGUCUUGUACCUUAAAAUCUGCUAUUUCUGAUAUUGAGGUGGAUAAGGUUGAACUGCCAGGCAGAACAUUCCUAAGCGUUCCAGGCUACGACGAAAAGGUCGAGUUCGGCGUUUUGGUGCACUUCGCCUAUCAAGUAAUUGGUUCCGAUGAAAAGUUGAUCGUCGCCACCACUCGUGUGGAGACGAUGUUGGGCGACACCGCCGUCGCCGUGCACCCGAACGACGAGCGCUACAAACAUCUGCACGGAAAGUUCGUAUCCCAUCCGUUCUGCGACCGGAAAAUCCCGAUCGUAGUCGAUGACUUCGUCGAGCUCGGAUUCGGUACCGGCGCGGUGAAAAUCACCCCAGCGCACGAUCCUAACGAUUACGAGGUGGGAAAGAGACACGACUUGCCUUUUAUCACGAUCUUCAACGAUGAAGGCAUUAUUAUUGGAGACUAUGGCAAAUUUACGGGUAUGAAAAGAUUCCACGCCAGGAAAGAAAUCGUAGCCGCUCUCAAAGAGAAAAACCUCUACAUCGAAACGAAAAAUAAUCCUAUGGUGGUGCCGAUUUGCAGCCGAAGCAAAGACGUCGUUGAGCCGAUGUUGAAGCCGCAGUGGUAUGUGAAAUGCGACGAUAUGGCGGCCAAGGCUGUAAAAGCCGUCAACGACGGCGAUCUGAAAAUCAUUCCGGAAAUGCACGUUAAAACUUGGCAUCACUGGAUGGACGGCAUUCGAGAUUGGUGUAUUUCCAGGCAAUUGUGGUGGGGACACAGGAUUCCUGCUUAUUUGGUGACUGUCAAGGGAAAACCAGCACCAGAGAAAGAAGAUUGGGUUGCUGCGCGUACCUACGAAGAAGCUUUAGAGAAAGCCUCAAAAAAAUACAAUGUUUCUCCUCAAGACAUCGAAUUAAAACAAGAUGAGGACGUUCUCGAUACGUGGUUUUCUUCCGCCUUAUUUCCGUUCUCGAUUUUCGGUUGGCCGGAACAAACCGACGACAUUCAGGCAUUCUAUCCGACUUCCUUAUUGGAAACCGGACACGAUAUUUUGUUCUUCUGGGUGGCCAGAAUGGUGUUCUUUGGACAGAAGCUUUUGGGAAAAUUGCCUUUCAAAGAGGUAUACUUGCACCCCAUCAUCAGAGAUGCGCACGGUCGCAAAAUGAGUAAAUCGCUCGGCAACGUGAUUGAUCCAAUGGACGUGAUUACUGGUAUAAGCCUAGAAAACCUUCAUUUACAGCUGCUAGAUAGCAAUCUGGAUCCCAAGGAAAUCGACAAGGCGAAAGCCGGCCAAAAACAAGACUACCCGGAGGGUAUACCGGAGUGCGGUACCGACGCCUUAAGAUUCGCGCUGUGCGCUAUGUGUUCCGGCAGAGACAUCAACUUGGACAUUUUGCGUGUUCAAGGCUACAGAUUUUUCUGCAACAAAAUUUGGAACGCGACCAGAUUCGCUUUGACUUACUUCACCAGCGAUUUUCAGGCUCCAGUCGAUAGCAAACUGAUUGGUAACGAGUCUUUGAUGGACCUUUGGAUGUUGAGCAGAGUUGCGUCUGCUGUGACCGAUUCCAAUAAAGGUUUCAACGUCUAUGAUUUUACACUGACCACCACUGCUAUCUACAACUUGUGGCUUUAUGAGCUAUGUGAUGUUUAUUUGGAAUACUUAAAACCAGUUUUCUUUGGUACCGACGAACCAGCAAAAAAAACAGCCCAAGCCACUCUAUACAGAGCCCUAGAGGUUGGUUUACGUUUGCUUUCGCCUUUAAUGCCCUUCAUCACCGAGGAGUUGUACCAGAGGUUGCCACUACCGAAAGUAACUUUGGAAAAAGUCCCCAGUAUCUGUGUGGCACCAUAUCCAGAUACUGAAGAAUCCCUUUGGAGGGAUCAAAACAUUGAAAACGAAGUGGAAUUUGUUCAAAAGGUCGCAAAAGCCAUUAGGUCUGCUAGGAGUGAUUAUAAUUUACCAAACAAGACAAAAACCGAAGCCUAUCUUCAAUCAAGUGAUGCUACUACAACAGAAAUCCUCAAAAAAUAUGGUAGUGCCCUUCAAACUUUGGCCUAUUGUUCUAAAACUCCAGUAAACGAAAAUGCUCCCGAAGGAUGUUCAAUUAUCACUGUGUCAGACAAAUGUGACGUUCACUUAUUACUUAAAGGUUUAAUUGAACCUGCAAAGGAAAUAGCAAAAAUACAGAAAAAACUCGAGUUCCUCCAAAGCACCAAGAGUAAACUGGAUCAGGCUAUGAGUGCAUCAGAUUAUGCCUGUAAAGUUCCACAAGAAGUACAACAGUUGAAUGUUGAAAAAGUUAAUCAAACUACUGUUGAACUGGAUAGAUUGAAUUGUGCACUAGAAUCUCUCAAAUUAAUGGCUUGAAAGUUUUAAAACUAGAAAAAUUUUAA